UUAAGUUGGUACUACCUUCAGCGCAACGAACUUGAACGUAAGUCAUACUGCUAGAACAAGUGCCUUCUCCUGGAGUGUGUACGAACGGGCAAAUAAGUGAACUCUUGUGAACCAGGCUGUGUGCUGAGGAGGACAUCCGCUGGUGUCAAAGGAAUGCAUCCUCAAGACUUGGGUGCAAUCACUGCUUAUUGUGGACACUUGCCCUCUUGAUGGAUGACGUCACAUGACGCCGGUGGAUAAGGACCAUAAGGGCGUGGCCAAUGGGAGAGCUUCACAGGAACGGACCAAUGGCGAUGAACGAGUUGUGGCGCCGGCGCCCGUGGGUGCUGGCGCAUAUGAGAGAGGAGGGGGGGUGAAUAUUUGGGAAGGGAGUCUGGACGCCGCUCGUUGCACGGGGGUUGAUGCAACCAGCACGACUUCCUCUUGGCGUACCCUGGAGUGGUACGGACAGCCCCAAGUACGUGUGCAGAAAACAGAUGGCGCGUUGUAUCCAGCGAUCUUCCAUGUCGAUGUGAAGGCACAGAAACAUGGCCAACUGUGCGGAACCUCUCAACUGAGUAGCUGUAGCCCGUCUACACGACACCAUGCCGGGGUUUGGGGCAUUGGGCGCCAUCCGGGCCAAAGCAACCCGCGCCUUCUCUGGGAACAUCAACUAUGAGGAAUUUGAAAUGCCUUCAAAGAUUGGUAAAGCUGAAGACGAGAAGGGGUUUGUCAGCGCUGAGGGCGAGAUUGGUACACCGGAGUCCCUGCCUGAACCGGAGAGGCCCCCGUUGAGGCACAUCGACAAGUACAUUCGACCGGAGUGUCCGUGCCUCAGUAAGCGGUACACCAUGGCGGUCCUGACGUGCGUAGGUUUCAUGAUUUCUUUCGGCAUGAGAUGUAACAUGGGGAUGGCGAAGUUGAAGCAUGGAAACGAGACGAACAUGUUUAACUGGACUGUAAGUGUAGAAAUUGCCGUCGAUUCAUCCUUCUUCUGGGGUUAUUUGGUUACUCAAGUUCCGGGUGGAUUUCUGGCAUCCAUGUACCCAGCCAAUAUGAUUUUCGGGACCGCCAUCGCCAUAUCUGCAUUCCUGAACCUGCUGUUGCCCGGGGCUACAACCAUCAGCCCCACACUCGUCAUAAUUGUUAGGAUCUGCCAGGGUUUUGUCGAGGGCGUGACGUAUCCAGCCUGUCACGGUAUCUGGAGGUUCUGGGCACCGCCUCUUGAGAGAUCUCGACUUGCCACUCUGGCGUUCUGUGGCUCGUACGCAGGAGUGGUGCUGGGGAUGCCCCUUUCUGGGCUUCUCACGGGUGGAAUCAGCUGGAAAGCACCUUUCUACUUCUACGGUAUUGCGGGAGUCGUCUGGUACGUGGUCUGGUUGUGGUUGUCCUUCGAGAAACCCUCGAAACAUCCCACCAUCAGCGCCAGGGAGCUCAUGUACAUUGAACAGUCCCUAGGGCAGUCCGCGCAACUUGCAAUGCCGACUAUAGCAAACACUCCUUGGCGUUCUUUCUUUACCUCCAUGCCCGUCUACGCUAUAAUUGUGGCCAACUUCUGUCGCUCAUGGAACUUCUAUCUUCUGGUCCUUUUCCAGGCCAAGUUUCUUCAAACAACUUACAAUCUCCAGAUAGAAGAGACGGGAUUCAUCGGCGCUCUGCCACACUUGCUGAUGACUCUGAUCGUGCCUAUGGGAGGCCUGCUGGCAGAUCACGUGCGGAAGAAAGGCAUUCUCACUACUACGAACGUAAGGAAGCUGUUUAACUGCGGAGGCUUCGGCAUGGAAGCAAUCUUCUUCCUCGUAGUUGCUUACGCUCAGACAGCGGUGACGGCUACAGCCGCCCUUACCCUGGGCGUUGCAUUCAGCGGAUUCGCCAUAUCUGGUUUCAACGUGAAUCACCUGGACAUUGCACCGCGUUAUGCCAGCAUCUUGAUGGGGAUGUCCAAUGGGAUUGGGACGAUUGCGGGCUUCAUGUGUCCCAUAGCAACCGACAGCAUCACGAAGGAUGGUUCCCGACAGAGUUGGAAGAUAGUUUUCAUUAUGGCAGCAGUCGUGCAUUUCUUUGGUGUGACGUUCUAUGCCGUCUUCGCUUCCGGCGAGCUUCAACCAUGGGCAGAGCCAUCUGCCGAGGAGAAGAAAAAGGUCUGGAAUCCGCUUGAAGAAGGAGAUCUGCCUAAGAGUUCGGAAGGAGUUCAAGAUUAUCAAGGACAGGUAAACAGCCACGGACCUACUUACGGUUCAGUUGAACAAACUUCUGUAGCAGGGCACCAACCUCCGAUGUACCCCUCAACAAAUCCCUUCAUAAACCAUGCAGAACAACAGCCCACGAAUCCGUUUAUAAAUCAUGUAGAAGCUGUUCAACCUGAAACAAAAGACGGCUACUACAAGUAUGGGACAGUGGACGAUGGUGCGUACUGAGUGACUGUAUCUUAUUUAAUUUAUCGAUUCAUCGAGAUCAAUUAAAACUCCAGUCAAUAUGUGGUAGUGGUUAUAAUUCUACGAAUUAUAUGUGUGAAUUGUUUCACACAGAACUUUUUCAUCCAUUUUUCGUGAUACAUUUUAUUGAAUUUUAUUUUCAAUUUUUCAUCUGGUAAAUAUAGGCUAUGUGAUGUUUGUGAAAGUUAAUAUAUACUUAUAAAAAACCUGUAACAUAAUAAUAUUAUUCACUGGCGUAUGCAUUAAUUUUUAUUUUAUCUUCGCAUUGAUGUUAAAGAAUUCAUUUCUCACUCUGAUGUCAAAGAAUAUAUAGAUACACGUUAAUAUUUUGUUGUAUAGAAACUUCUGUUGCAUAAAUAAUAAAUGUGAAAUAACUUAGCAAAUGCCGUCUGUAGAACAUUUUCACUAAAUAUUUUUAACCUGCCCCUCAAACUAUAAACGUAUCCUCAAGCAUUGAUUAAAUUAUUAAUUAAUUAAUUCAUUUGUUAUUCUGCCGAUAUUUAAACGAAUAAGCAACUCUGGCGCCGAUAACGCACAUGGCGCUCUACGCGGACUCUGCCGGAACUAAAAUGUAUCACGAAAAAGAGAAGAAAAUCGUUACUGUAUGAUCGUAAUGGCAGUGACUUCACAAGCUAGCCAACCUCAAACCUUCUUAUUGUUCUCUAUAAAUAUAGCAUUAAUUGCAAUCGAGUGUGAAUAGUAAGUAUAAUAACGUGUAAAAUAAAUGUAAACUUGUCCUAAGAAAUUGGUGUGCUAUGAGUUCGUUUCUCAGUACCGAGUUUUAUUAUCACACCACUGUAGCACUGCUUAUGACGUCACUCCUGACCACAGAAAAGUUAUGGCGCGAGUUAAAACAGCUGUCCGUUUGAAUCGGCACUUCGCGUAGUCUCAGAUGAAUUUAAGGACGCGAUACCUUCUGAGAACUUAAACGUAAGUCAAGCAAUAUAAAUAGUUAUAUUGAAUCGACAUAAAGCUAUAUUGUUGAUUAGUGGCAUUGAGUUUAUUGGAAUAUAACCUAAAACAAAUUAAGAAAAUUUCAUAAGAAUAUCCUUGUUUAAGCUUUAGAGCCACUUAUGAGGUUCUAUUCAAGGAGAAUUUUAUCCUUGUUACCUGAUUAUUAAGAUUGAUUUAAAUAUUAUAAAAAAUGUUAUAACUAAUUGUAAUUUGCAGAUGUUUUUUAAAUAGGCGCGUUUUUUAUUUGAAUAGAAUAAUGUAUUUAAAAUGCGAUUUGAGUGAAAGCUGUUAACAUUUACCCACGUUUAAAACAGAAUCUAUAGUCAGAAAGAUGUACAUUUUUCAAACCAAAGUUUAAAACUCUUUUGAAGAGUGAAAAAUCCUGUCCCAGGUAAUUUAAGUAUUACAUAUUUAUAAAUAUGGUGACAUUAGAGUUAGUAGACGAUGUAAAGUUUAUCUGCUUAGAAUAAAUUAUGUACAUACACACGUAGACACGAAGUCCGUGAGGUAUAAUAUUUAUUAGUGUCUGCUUGCCUUUGGCCUUUUGCUGUUGACAAAUUUUUAGUAAUGGAGUUGAAUAAUAAUUAUAAUAAUUACUAGCAAUAAUAUUAAUUAGUUCUCGCCUCCUGUAGGCUUUCAGUAUUGGAAAUCAUUUCAAAGAAGAAACUGAGUUGUCACCGUAACAGUCAUUUGGACGUUACGCUGGUAUUCGAAACAUUGCGAGAACAUACAGAGCAACUGUUAUUUUAUUUACAAGAUGAACAGUAACAUGACGUGUCCCUGAAACGUCGACAAAGCAGUCUAAUUUACACGAUCCCAUCACCUGCUGUAUAGAAACCAUUCCGUGAUUGUGCAUAAAUCCAGCAGAACAGAUUCUUAUGUGACUGCAUUUUCUCCGUUUAUAAUUGUAUUAGAUAUUUCCCUAAAUGUUAAAAAUUUAUGUUGCUGUUAUUACAAUUGGAAUUAUUGCUACCAUUACUAAUCUGUGUCGCCCUCGGUGGACUAGUGCUCGCCAUUGGACCCCCAAGGUUCGCGGGUUCAAUCCCGGCCGAGGUCGAUGGAUUUUUAAGGGUGACAAAAAUCUGUAGCAAAACUUUCCUUCGGAGGGGAAGUAAAGCCGUAGCUUUACGCAUGUAAAAGAAACUUACGAGCAGUCAAAUCAGGAUUGGGUAGAAAUUGUGCAGAGUCAAUGGGCUGGUCACUCACUACUCACAGAUGCACACUUCAAAGACCAAGAAUCCUCUGAAAAGGAGGUGGCGAAAACCCACAACAGGGUUUUAAUGCCCAGAAACAAAAUACUUAGCUGUGAAUAGCUUCUUCACCGAAAUUCGCUAUUAACACAUGUCUACACGAUAAAAAUAUUUUUAAUGUUACUUUGAUUCAAUUACGUCAUUAAUAUUUGUCCUCGAAUUCAAUAAAUUAGUAGUUUCGGAGUACUUUUUAAUCUUUAUGAAAUAGACAGCAGACAGUAGGAUGAGAUUCCACGACAGCGAGUAUGAAGAUGGCUAUCUUCUGGGUUGUAGAGCCGUGUAGUCUGGUGGAGGUUUUCAGACGUUUCUGAUGCGAUUUCUGCAUCCAUUAUCGCUCAUCGACCUGACGAUGAAAGCAGCAAUCAAAUCUUAAACGUCGGUAAAAUUUCGCUAGACUACACUGCCCAACAUUCCAGUAGACAGUCAUGUUAAAAGAUAGACGUGUUAUUGAAUAUUGAAAAUGUUUUAGUUUCCUGUUACAAGAAAAUUAUUAGCGAUUUUAAGCAGAUAAUCUUUCAAAUAAUAUCAAAUGUACAUAUAUAUUAUAUUUUGAAAUGAAAAAAAUAUCUAAUGUAUUAUGUUGUAUAUAAUAAUAUUAAAAUUAAGUGAAGGAAUGUAAUAGAACUCAUUUUUUUAAUUCAAAUGUCUAUCAUGAGAUAUUACUCUCAAAGGCUGUGGUGACAAUAAUAAAUGUCUUAGUUGUAAUAAUAUUAUGACUACUAAUGGAACGUACGGAAUUAUUUAAUACGUAUUUGAAUAUAGGAAUACUAUGUAAAUUAUGUAGAUGUGUGCAUCAUGAAGUGUGCGUUGCAUAUUUAGACGGAUGUUUGUGAAUGAUAGAUUUAUCCCACAUUCUGCUACACGUUAAAUAUGUUUCUGGAGAUAUUUCUGAAGCCCUUUACAUAAUUACGAUUAUCCUAACAAUCCUGCAGAUUGAUUUAUAUUUAAGAGAGCAGACAUGUACCAAUUACAAAACCAAACGGUUUUCCCAGUAGCUAUGCCUUUUUAAGAAAGAAAUGGUUGCGUAUUAAUUCGUGAUAUGUCUUGAGGUACAUGUGCAAUGCGUGACACAAAAGGUUUCAAAAUAUUGUAUUGGUGUCUUCAUUUAUAGAGUCAGAAUAUAGCAAAUGUUAGUUGUUACUUGUAAAUAAAGAACAUGGUCGAUAUUCAUUAAAACUGUGAUGUGCGUCUAGGUUCGUUUUACCUUAGUCUAGGAAAAUAAGAAACGAAGACCACUCUCUGUCUCUGUGUUCUUAUUAAUCUGUGUUGUUUCUUAGAUGCAAAUACUGUUUCAGGUUGUUCGUGACAAUCUCUGGACGGAAUAUGAUGUCAAUAUAUGUAUGCUAAUACUAUCACGUAAUAUCAGGGAAGAAGGCAAAACUAGUGUGUCCCGUAGAACGCACUUUCAAAGUUAAAAAACAUGGACAGCUGAUGGGCUGUAACACUAAAAAAAUACCUCCUCUGUCAUGUUACAACUUUAUAUCAUCCUCAGCCACAAGACUUUGUCAAAAAUCAAUAACUGAUUUAAUUGACAGAAGCUUUUACAGUUUUAACAAAAGUUUAUAAUUAGUGUUCCAUGACAGUUCUCAUAUCUGUCAUAAGAUCGUAGAUUAAUUGGGCGAUCUAUUACAUGGUGAUUAUCGAUGAUCUUUCAAUAUUAUAUUUACACUUGUUAAAAUAUAUAUUUAAUAGAUUGGUAGAUUAAAAUGCUUUACUGGAUAUCGAGAGCCUUAAUGUCGUUCUGAAACAUUAUUUAGUAAUUUAACUGAAUACAAAAUACGUCGCUUAAGAGCGAAGUUCUGGAUUACGUAUAGAUAAUUUUCUGCAAGAUUUAAUUUCGUGGAUUUUUAACUGAUUAAGAAUGAAAGAUAAGAGUAAACUUGCUUCUAUAAAAACGCUGAAAUAAAAUUGUUUGACCUAAAUUACAGCGUACGUUAUAAAGUGUUUUCAUGCUGUAAACAGCUGUUUUGUGCUUCGUACAUUGAUUUUAAAUAAACAAAAUAUUAGUUGUAAAUUUCUUCGUGCCACGGUGCUUAUUGGUAGUGGCAAAAGUGGCCAAGGUGUUUAAUAACUUUUGCGGAUGCUAUCAAAGAAAAAUCACUUACAGAUUUUUCAACUUCGCUGUAUCUCCCUACAUAAUUUCUCGUUGUUGCAUGUUGACCUUUGAUAAUGUAGUUUCCACAAAGUACUAAUAUAUCUAUGUAUCUCGUAUUUUCUGAUUCUCUAAAGAAUGCAGAGCAAAACUUAAUGUUUUCUCACUUCGCCCAUGGUACCUAUUACAUUAUCCUCCAUGAGUCUGUUCUUUGAGUAACAUUUUCAUCUUUGUGUAUUAAAAAUACUGAUUUUAUUUAAAUAUAUUAGUCGAAAUUAAAAGAGUUGCUUUAUAAAGUCAACAUGUAUAAGUUUUAUUUUUAUUAACAUACCUAAAAUAACGUUCAUCGUGGUCCAUGUUUCUUGAAUUUGGAGGCGAUGUGUUCUUCCGAAACGUCUUUAAUCACACGGCGUCACAGUCCAAAAAAUGACAAUUGACGUUCUACUGCGCCGAUGUUCCUCUGCCACUAAAAAAUUCUAACUCGUAUGUCUUUCUAAUUGCUUUAGGGUCCUGGAAUUUAAGACAUUAUAUUUUGUCCAAGAUUGGCUGAGUACAUAGAAACAUAACAGUUGUUAUUUUACUUAUGUUUACACUUAUUAUUGCUAAAUUGUUUAAGCAAUCAACAAUAUGUGUAUUUCAAAUACCAACUUACCUUAAAAGAGACUGAGCUUGAUCUUAUAAUUAAUUUUAAUAUCGCUUAAUAAAUUUAAUGUAGUUGUUUCAUUACUGUUAGUGUUUCGAAAGUUGACGGAAUAUAUGUUUCAGUGCUGCCUUGUCAUGUCAUUAACUAGUUGGCCUACACGUUACACUGCAUGCGUUGUGAGGUAUAAAAGUAUAUAGGGGAGAUUAGACUACAU